CAGCAGAGAGCAGAACCAAAACGGAAAACGCUAGAGAUGGCCGACAACGAAGAGCUUUCCAAAGCCCUCAAGGAUUUGCCGUUACGAGUUCAAACCUCAAGCAGAAAGAAUAGGAAUGAAAUACUUUCAAAUGUGGCAUCGGUUUUGAGCCAUCCAGGAAUCACUGAAAAUUUAGUGAAAGGAAUAUGCAAAACUCUACAGUUGACUUUGCCUCGCUAUUGCGAUGGUCAAUCAAGGUCUUACGUCAAAAAUACUAUCUCAGCUCUGAUCAAGGAACAUCCAGAUUGGACUAUGAAGUACCUGACAGCUAUUCUUGCAGAUUCAGCUAAUCAAAAUUUGGCUCUUGUUUCAACGAAAAAUAUAGCUCAAAGUGGCUUGUUUGCGUUGGAAUGGUCCAGUCUGCUGGUGGAGCAAGGCUUGGGCAAAUGCUCAAGCGUGGGCAAAGGAGAGUUCCAACGUUUGGUGGAAACACAAUCAAUCAUCUUGUCCAUCAUCGUUGCCGCUGGAAACAAAAAGCGAACCAACAAAGCCUACAAAGUUUUCUGCAGAAUGUGGCGAAGUUCUCCAGAAAUGGUUGAGCUGUAUGGGAAUGCGUUGUCAUCGCUCCCAGCUACUGCCCACACUGUAGUGUUCGGCUCCUACUUCUUGCAGUUUCUCGGAGAAUCCAAACAGAACGACAUCAUUGAAAAGUAUAAGCCGAACCUGCUAGACAUUCUGCUGAAGGUGGGAGUGAGCUGCAAGGUGCAGCCGCCCGCGUUCCUGCUGGAUGAAGCCAGGCCACUGCUGCUGCGCGUCAAGCACGACGAGUUCAGCCAGCUGCUGCUGCCCGCCAUGCAGAAGGCCAUGCUCAGAAACCCGGAGAUCAUCCUGCAAAGUGUCGGCAAGAUCCUGCAAGGCGUCUCCAUCGAUCUCUCCCAGUAUGCGCUCGAUAUCGGCAAAAGUCUUACCACCAAUCUGCACUCGAAGGAGGACUUGGCGCGACAGGAGGCGACCGAUGCGUGCAAAUACCUGGCAGCGCAGUGCAGCGAUGCUUCGGCCCUCGAGUCACUGCUGCAGCACAUGUUCAAGGUUUUCCACGGCUCUGAAGGAAAGUUGACGGUCGCCACACACAAAAUCAGCAUCCUCGAGGGAGCUGGUAACUUGAGUUAUAACGCUCUGUCCGGAACAAGUGUACAGAGUGUGGCCUUGGUAGCUGCUGAUCAUUUCAUCAAAGUUUUGGAAAUCGAAGUGCAUGAGAAAACGCUUAUCAAAUCUCUGGAAAUGCUAUCACUGUGGUGUGCAAAAUUCACUACGCAAACUCCUACAAGGAUUAUCAAUUGGUUGAUGAAAGGAAUUGGCCUGAAAACGUCUACAGCCAGCGUACGAACCGCUUAUAUAGAAUGCAUGUCAGCCUGCCUCCAUGGCAACACUCUUUCGCAGGGCGUGGAACUUGUGCCAUUGUUGAUUAAGAGCGUAGAAAAGGCUGUCUCCCAGCCCACUCAGGUGCUUUCUGUGACUGAAGGUUUGACAGCAGCUUGUCUCCUGCUUAAACUAGCUACAGUUGAGAACAGUGAUUCGAAAAUGAAUGGCUUGUGGAACCUCAUCACUAAUUCUGAAAAGCAAAUAUUUGUCUCCGAAAAGUUUAUCACGGAACAUGAUGUUGCAGCGCUGUGGCUGGUGAUGCAGCUGUGCGAGAAACUGAUGCUGGAGCACGGUGACAAGCUGACCGGGUCCCCCGCCCCGCUGCACCGCGCCAUCGUGUUCUGCCUGGCUUCGCCCAGCUCCAGUUUGCGGCGCAAGUGUCGGCCGGCCGUACGCCGCAUCGUAUCCUCGCUAAUCGGCACCAACUGCGCGUGCGCUCUGCUCACCGAGUUCAACGCCUUUCUCAACAAUCCAAAAAUACAGGAAACAUCUAUGGACAUAAACUCUGCAGCCGUUGCUGGUUCCAUCACCAAUGGUGGAGGAUUUCUCGCCUUGCAGAGAUUACUCUCUUCGAUGAAUAUUCACGCCAUGAAUAAAAAAACAUACGAGAAACAUGAAGCUCUCAUUUCUAAAGGUUGGGAGGAAACAGCAAUUGAAGAAAUGAGGAAGGCUGCUGAAGAAGAAAUUCGAUUAGCUAAAGAGCGAGGUGACGUAAACAAUGAAGGAGUGCCGUUGUUGACUGUUGUUGCUGAUGGAAGCUGGGCCAAGAGAUCAUACAGGAGGAACUAUAACUCCCUAUCUGGAAUGGCAGCGAUAGUUGGAUACCACACAAGACAGGUUCUGUACUUUGGCGUGAAAAAUAAAUAUUGUGUAACCUGUACACGCAAGCCUGGAGACACACAUCACACGUGCUUCAAGAACUGGAAUGGUAGCUCAUCUAGCAUGGAAGCUGCUACCAUCGUAGAAGGCUUCUUGGCAAGUCGCAUUAUGAGGCUGCGGACAGCAGUCACAAAAGCUAUCCAACAUAGAAAAGUUGAAGAAGGAGAAAUAAAUGAAAAGGCUGAAAAACUAAGGCUAGACAUAGUGAACGGACCCAGUCAUGUCUUUGAUGAAACUGAUUAUAUUCCAGAGAUGAAAGCAAGUGGAGUGUUAUAUAAAAUCAUGGAAGCUGUCAAUGUUCUAGCUGACCAUAGCAGCCACCUCAUUUACGACGUUGAUAGCAACAUGGUCGAACACUACAACGCAGUUGUGGCGAGAUUUACGGGAGGAAAAAGAAUCAAUUACAUCCAAAAAGGCUCAUACAGGAUGAGAUGCGCUGCUGCUGUGGUCAGCCACAACACCAACCAGCCGUUCUAUAAGCUGCAUAAAACCAUACUGAAGGUAGCCGAUCAACUCAGACGAAGGUACCUCUAUUCUAUUAUAAACUUAAUGCUAAUGAUAUUAGUUGAUGCGAUUGUGACGUUCUGCUCAGGCACCAAUCUCACCAAACAAGAUACCGAACUGUUGGCUUUGAAAUCUCUUCUUUGCGCCCAUCAUCCUAUCAUAGUUUCUUCCUGUCCAAAUCUUUGGGUCAAGUUAGUGAAAUAUUUCAAGUUGGAUCCGAAAACUUUCAUCAAAAGCUACAAGGACGAAUUAGUAAAUAUGCUGGUCAACGAAUAUCAAUUAUCUCCUAGUUAUCAAGGAGCACUAAGUUGUAUUAUACAUCACAAUUCUUCAGAAAUUCUAAAUCCUGUAGUUGAGCGAGCUUCAAAUCUUCUAAGUGAUAAUAGUCUACUUCGAGUAACAAAGGACGAAUAUUUUACUUUUUUGACACCAGCAGGAGUUCUAUACGACAAAUCAGUGUUGCCCGGGAAAGAAAAUGAGAAUUUACAAAAUUCGAAAAACGUUAAACGUGAAAGCAAAGUGUACUCGUAUAAGGAGCAACAAGAAGAAAUGGCGCUGCGACGAGAAUUGGAGGAGAAGAAAAGACGGCAAGGAAAGAUCAAAGAUCCAGAACUCACACCAAAGCAAAAGGAAGCACUCAGGAUUCAGAUGGAGAAGGAGGCUGCCAUACGGAAGAGACUAACAGAGCUGAAUUCAGACGUAGCCCGCAGUGUGUCAAUGUUGUUGGCUGCAACGGACGGCGCCGCUGUUGAUUUGUCACUGCGCUUCAAGCAGCUGAUUCCAUGCGUUCUGAGUGCACUGCAGUCGCCGCUGUCGGCGCCCUCCGUGUCACAGCUGUACGUCGCAUUGCACCGGUGUGCCUUCCCUCUGCACUCUGCUCCCCUCCACCUGCCCGCCCUGGUCGCGCAAGUCACGCUGCGUCUGCUCAAGCCCAAGUGCGACCUCGACGCAGCCUGGCAGGAUGAACCGCUCGACAAGGCCCUUCUACGCACAAUGUCAUCGCUGCACCAAGAGACGUGCACCAAAGACAAGGGUGGCGGGGCGGAAGGUGGGGGAAGCAGUCGGCUGUCGGCACCCGCCUUCUGCUACUGCUUCCCGCUGCUGCAGUCUACUCUGCAGAAGGCCAGCUGCAUGCAGUCGGACGACUUCCUGCUGCACAUCGGUCUGCAGCUGCUCAGCGAGCAUGCAGGCAUGCGUCAGUCCAACGCCACGCCCGAUCUCACCGAUCCGCAGCACUUGCCAAGGCGGCAGAUGUUCGAUUUGCUCGUCGAUAUCAUCAGCAAGACGAGUGGCAGAAUACAGCAGCAAGCCAGUGCCACCCUCCUCGAUGUAGCCGGCUGUGCUUCGGGUAAGAAGGGCUGCGGCAAAACAUCCAGGGAUGAAAUCGACAGUCUGCUGUCUGCCCUACAGAACCCUUCGCAUGUUGUUCGUGACGCAGCUUUGAGGGGCCUUCAAAUUAUGGUAAAUGCAUUCCCUUCCAAAAAGGAAGAUCCGGAAUUGUUCCUGAGGCUAACUCGUCGGUUAUGGGUGGCCAGAUUUGAAGUUUGUGAAGAAAACAGGGAGCUGGGCCGGAAAGUAUGGGACGAGGCGAGGCUGGACUGCAAGCUGCCUGGCCUGUGCGAGAACCUGCUGGGAGACAUCGUGCAUCCCGUUGGCUGCAUCCAGGAGGCGGGUGCCCUUGCAUUGGCCGACCUUCUCGGUCAGCUCAGGCCCGAAAUCACCGAAGCCACACUCGAGCUACUGCUCAAAACUUACAAGGAAAAACUAGCGAUGGUGCCUCCGCGCCUGGACAGCCUGGGCCGCGUGGUGGAACAGCCCGUGGACACGUGGGAGCCCCGCAGCGGCGUGGCGCUGGCCCUCAAGGAGUUGGCGCCCCUGCUCACCCCCCACGCCGUCUCCCACCUCACCACCUUCUUUGUCACCACCGGCCUCGGCGACCGCAGCGCCCAGGUGCGCACCAAUAUGCUCGCCGCCGCCCUGGCCGCUGUCGAUCUACAUGGAAAGGACACAGUCAACAGCUUAUUGCCCGUGUUUGAGGAGUUCUUGGACAAAGCACCAGAUUCGGGAAGCUACGAUGCCAUUAGACAAUCAGUUGUUAUUCUGAUGGGAUGCCUCGCCAGGCAUUUGGAUAGGGAUGACAAGAAGAUAAAGCCAAUCAUCGGAAAACUUGUAGAUGCUCUGGCAACACCCUCGCAACAGGUUCAAGAAGCUGUAGCCAAUUGUUUACCGCCCCUGGUUCCUGCUAUGAAAGAAGACGCUCCAGCGCUUGUGCAAAAAUUGCUGAGACAGCUUUUGGAGUCUGAGAACUUUGGUGAACGAAAGGGUGCUGCCUAUGGCUUGGCAGGCCUUGUGAAGGGCAUGGGAAUUCUGGUGCUCAAGCAGUUGGAUAUCAUGAGCACUUUGACCAAUGCCAUCCAGGAUAAGAAGAACUAUCGUCGGCGAGAAGGAGCGCUGUUCGCGUUUGAAAUGCUGUGCAACAUGUUGGGGCGACUGUUCGAGCCGUACAUAGUGCACGUGCUGCCUCACCUGUUGCUGUGCUUCGGCGAUGGCAGCCAGUAUGUGCGUGUGGCCACCGACGCAUGCGCACGGGUCGUCAUGAGCAAGCUGUCUGCUCAUGGAGUCAAACUGGUGCUGCCUUCACUGCUCGCUGCUCUAGAGGAGGACUCCUGGCGCACCAAGACUGGUUCUGUGGAGUUGCUAGGAGCAAUGGCGUAUUGUGCGCCCAAACAACUGUCCUCCUGCUUACCGAGCAUUGUUCCCAAACUUAUAGAAGUACUAAGCGACUCACACGUCAGAGUGCAGAAGGCUGGAGCUCAAGCUCUCAAACUUAUCGGCUCAGUCAUCAGGAAUCCCGAAAUUCAAGCGAUUGUGCCAGUGCUGCUAGAGGCACUGCAAGACCCGUCGCACAAGACAGCCACCUGUCUGCAGACGCUGCUGGACACUCAGUUUGUGCACUUCAUAGACGCGCCGUCGCUGGCCCUCAUCAUGCCAGUGGUGCAGCGCGCCUUCAUGGACCGCUCCACCGAGACCAGGAAGAUGGCCGCCCAGAUCAUCGGCAACAUGUACUCGCUCACCGACCAAAAGGACCUCACGCCCUAUCUGCCCACCAUCAUUCCGGGCCUCAAGACCUCGUUGCUCGAUCCUGUGCCCGAGGUGCGUAGCGUGUCGGCGCGUGCCCUGGGCGCCAUGGUGCGAGGCAUGGGAGAGACGAGCUUCGAGGACCUGCUGCCCUGGCUGAUGCACACACUCACAUCGGAGGCCAGCUCCGUCGACCGGUCGGGCGCCGCCCAGGGGCUCAGCGAGGUGGUCGGUGGUCUCGGAGUCGAUAAACUACAUAAACUUAUGCCUGAGAUAAUAGCGACGGCCGAGCGGUCAGACAUAGCGCCGCACGUGAAGGACGGCUACAUAAUGAUGUUCAUCUACAUGCCGGUGGUGUUCACGACCGAGUUCACGCCCUACAUCGGCCACAUCAUCAUCCCGAUCCUGAAGGCACUGGCCGACGAGAACGAGUACGUGCGAGACACCGCCCUGAAGGCGGGCCAGCGCAUAGUCAACCUGUACGCCGACUCAGCCAUCAUGCUGCUGCUGCCCGAACUGGAGAAGGGUCUGUUCGACGACAACUGGCGAAUUCGCUACAGCUCAGUGCAGCUGCUCGGUGACCUGUUGUAUAGGAUAUCGGGCGUGUCGGGCAAAAUGAGCACCGAAACUGCCAACGAGGAUGACAACUUCGGAACCGAACAAUCGCAUAAGGCUAUCAUCACUGCGCUGGGCGCUGACCGACGUAACAGGGUUUUGGCCGGCCUGUACAUGGGCCGGUCUGACGUGUCGCUGAUGGUGCGUCAGGCGGCACUCCACGUGUGGAAGGUGGUGGUCACCAACACCCCCCGCACCCUGCGCGAAAUACUGCCCACUCUCUUCAGUCUGCUGCUCGGCUGUCUCGCUUCCACCAGCUACGAUAAACGACAGGUGGCAGCCCGCACACUGGGCGACCUGGUGCGUAAGCUGGGCGAACGCAUCCUGCCCGAGAUCAUCCCCAUCCUGGAGGGCGGACUGGAGUCGGAGCACGCCGACCAACGACAGGGUGUCUGCAUCGGGCUGUCGGAGAUCAUGGCGUCGACCAGCCGCGACAUGGUGCUCACCUUUGUCAACAGCCUUGUGCCCACUGUCAGCCGGGCCCUCUGCGAUCCGCUGCCUGAGGUGCGACAAGCCGCCGCUAAGACAUUCGACAGCCUGCAUACCACCGUUGGUAGCCGCGCGCUGGACGACAUUCUGCCGUCGAUGCUGGAGCAGCUGUCGGACCCGGACCCGCAGGUGGCCGAGUGGACGCUGGAUGGCCUCCGUCAGGUGAUGGCCAUCAAGUCACGUGUGGUGCUGCCCUACCUGGUGCCGCAGCUGACGGCGCCCCCCGUCAACACCAAGGCCCUCUCCAUCCUGGCCGCUGUCGCCGGCGAUGCGCUCACCAAGUACCUGCACAAGAUACUGCCCGCCCUGCUCACCGCGCUCUCCAACGCACACAAGUCUCACCAGGAGCUAGAGUACUGUCAAGCAGUGGUGUUGUCUGUGACAGACGAGGUGGGCAUUCGUGCAAUCAUGGACCAGCUGAUGGAGGUGACGCGUUCGGAGCGCGUCGAGAUGCGGCGCGCAUCCGUCACACUGCUGUGCUCGUUCUGCUCGCACUCGCGCGCCGAUUACUCGCAGUAUGUGCCAAUGCUGGUGCGCGGACUCAUUCACCUUUUCACCGAUGAAGAUCGCGAGGUGCUUAUCACCAGCUGGGAGACGCUGGCUGCCGUCACCAGGACACUGGAUUCGGAGCAGCAAAUCUCUCACGUGGGAGACGUGAGGCAAGCUGUCAAGUUCGCCAUGAGUGAUAUGAAAGGCUGUGAUUUGUUACCAGGAUUCUGUUUGCCCAAGGGAAUAACGCCGAUCCUGCCGCUGUUCAGAGAGGCGAUCCUGAACGGCAUUCCGGAGCAGAAGGAGGCGGCGGCGCAGGGCCUGGGCGAGGUGAUCCGACUGACGAGUGCCCAAUCGUUGCAGCCCAGUGUGGUGCAUAUCACCGGCCCACUAAUUCGCAUACUCGGCGACCGAUUCAACUGGAGUGUCAAGGCUGCCGUCCUCGAAACGCUCGCCAUACUACUCGCCAAGGUAGGAGUGAUGCUGAAACAGUUCCUGCCGCAACUGCAGACGACGUUCCUGAAGGCUUUGAACGACGCCAACCGCCAGGUAAGGAUCAAGGCGGCGGCGGCACUCAGUCAGCUGAUCGUCAUCCACACCAGGGCUGACCCUCUCUUCACCGACCUACAUGUCGGCGUCAGGAACGCCGAGGAUCCUGCCAUCAGAGAAACAAUGCUGCAAGCGCUGCGCGGUGUGACAACGCCGGCCGGCGACAAAAUGUCCGAACCACUUCGAAAGGCAGUGCACAACACAUUGUUGGCGAUGCUGGCUCAUCCCGAAGAUGUGACCAGAUCCGCUGCGGCCGGCUGUCUCGGUGCUCUGUGUCAGUGGCUCACGCCCGAGCAGCGGCAUGUGACGCUCAUGGACCACUUGCUGCAGGACGACACUCCGCUGGAUUGGACUGUACGACACGGUCGCAGUGCGGCCCUCAUGGUCGUGCUCAAAGAAUCCGCUUCCAUUGUCUAUACCGAAGAAUAUUCGGAAAGGAUCAACAAAACACUUCUCUCCUUCCUCAUGGCUGACAGGGUACCAAUUGCUAUGAAUGGAGUGAGAGGCUGUGGCUACUUGUUCCAGCAUUUGAUGCAUGUAAAACAAACUCUUCCACAACAAUUACUUUCUCCAUUUGUUAGGACAAUGAAUCACACGAAUAACGAGAUGAAGCAGCUGGUGGCUCGGGUGUGUUCGUACCUGGCCAAGGUCGAGGAAGACCUGGCUCCCGAGUUCCUGAAGGCGGCCAUUCCCAUGCUGGUGAAUGGCACUAAGGAGAAGAACAGCUAUGUCAAGGCCAACAGUGAAUUGUCACUGGUCGCUGUGCUCAGGCUCAGGCAAGGCGAUGCUGCUCAGCAGUGUUGCAUGAACCUGUUAGAAAUUGGUGCCAGAGAAUCGUUGAGUGAUGUGAUCACAAAGGUGCUAAGGAAGGUGGCCAACCAACCAGAGGGCAAAGAGGAGGAGCUAGACGACACUCUGCUGACCUGAAGCCCCGCCCACAACUUCACCCAAGCACCGCCCAUAACUUCACCCAAGCCCCGCCCACUUGCUCUUCUUAUUUGUACUCUCACCAUACUUGUUCUUCCAUAAUAUGCUCCUCUAUCUUGUGUAAGAGCCAUACAACCCUGAUUUUGGUGUGCUAUGAGUAUACUCAAAGACUAUAUUUUAUAUUGAUAUCCUGUCUUGACUGAUAUGACAUGUAUUAGUAAUUGAAGAAUUUUAACAAAAUGAUUAGUUUCUCAGGUCUUGAACUUGUAUGAUCCUUGAUUAAAUUAUGCACACAGUCGUUGAUUUUUGUGACUGAUAAUUCAUUUUUAAUGUGUGAUUGAACGUUGUUGAGAAAUUUAUAUUAUUAACUUUUUUCAGUUCUUUGUUGUUGAUCUUAUAUUCAAAGUAAUAAUUUCCUAUGAUUUGCUGGGAAUAUAUAUAUUUUUUUCAUAACAUGUCUCAUUGCUAAAGCCAUAAUACAAGCCUUAUAAUUUACGGAUACUUAAUUCUAACUUUCAGUUCAAAAACAACUCUGAACCUAUUCUAUAUGAACCAAUAAAUUAUUUGUUUUUUAUAAUAAUUAAAAUUUAUAUUAAUCAAUUUAGCCAAUUAUAUUAACACUGUUGAUGUUGACCUUCCAGUGUCGAUGUUGUAUUAUUCCUGAUGGUUUUAUAUAAAUAUAUGUAUAUCAAAUUGAAAGGCGAACCAGGUGAGUUCGCAUUAGUGAAUUAAAUAAUUUCACACUGUCUAAA